AUGUCGUUCCACUCUUUCCAAAUGGGCUCCAGGUGUGGCAGUCGAAGUUUCAGCUCAUGCUCUGCUGUCAUGCCCCGGAUGGUCACCCACUACGAAGUGAGCAAGGGGCCAUGCCGGCCUAGCAGUGGCGGGGGUCUCCGAGUCCUGGGCUGCCUUGGUUCCCGGAGCCUGUGCAAUGUGAGCUGCCGGAGGCCUCGAGUGGCUUCCAGGUGUGGCCUGCCUGGCUUUGGGUACCGAGCAGGGGUCACCUGUGGACCUUCUACUUGCAUCACUCCUGUUACCAUUAAUGAGAGUCUUCUGGUCCCACUGGCACUGGAGAUUGACCCAACAGUACAGAGGGUGAAAAGGGAUGAGAAGGAGCAGAUCAAGUGCCUCAAUAACCGCUUUGCAUCCUUCAUCAACAAGGUGCGGUUUCUGGAGCAGAAGAACAAGCUGCUGGAGACAAAGUGGAACUUCAUGCAGCAGCAGAGGUGCUGCCAGAGCAACAUGGAGCCCCUUUUCGAAGGCUACAUCUGUGCCCUGCGGAGGGAACUGGACUGCAUGUCCGGGGAGCAUGGGAGGCUGGAGGCAGAGCUCUGCAGUGUCCAAAAUGCACUGGAAGGCUACAAAAAAAAGUAUGAAGAGGAGCUCUCCCUGCGUCCCUGUGCUGAGAAUGAGUUUGUGGCCCUAAAGAAGGAUGUGGACACGGCCUUCUUGGUGAAGGCUGACCUGGAGACCAAUGUGGAGGCUUUAGAGCUGGAGAUGAACUUCUUGAAAAAUUUGUUUGAAGAGGAGAUCGCACUGCUGCAGUCUCAGAUCUCUGAAACAUCCGUCAUUGUGCAGAUGGACAACAGCCGGGAUCUGGUCGUGGAUGACAUCAUUACUGAAAUCAAGGCCCAGUAUGAAGAAAUGUCCAGACGCAGCAAAGCUGAAAUGGAGGCCUGGUACCAGCGCCAGUACGAGGAGCUGAGGGUGAUGGCUGGGAACCACAGUGACAACCUCCGAAACCGAAAGAAUGAGAUCUUGGAAAUGAACAAGCUGAUCCAGCGGCUGCAGCAAGACACUGAGGCUAUGAAGGCCCAGCGCUGCAAACUCGAGGGGGCCAUAGCUGAGGCAGAGCAGCAGGGUGAGGCUGCCCUCAACGAUGCCAAGUGCAAGCUGGCAGGGCUGGAGGAGGCCCUGCAGAAGGCCAAGCAGGACAUGGCCUGCCUGCUCAAGGAGUACCAGGAGGUCAUGAACUCCAAACUGGGCCUGGACAUCGAGAUCGCCACCUACAGGCGCCUGCUGGAGGGCGAGGAGCACAGGCUGUAUGAAGGCAUUGGGCCGGUGAACAUCUCCGUGAGCAGCUCCAAAGGUGCCAUCCUGUAUGAGCCAUGUGUGGUCAGCACGCCCAUGCUGAGGCCUGAGUACUGCACAGGAGGCACCAGUGUCAUCAGGAGCAGUGGGGGCUGCAGCAUGGUGGCCACUGGUGAACUCUACAUGCCCUGCGAGCCACAGGGGCUUGUGGGCUGUGGGAGUGGGAGGAUCUCCAGCAUGAAGCUGGGGGCUGGGGGCAGCUCCUGUGGCCACUAGUGUUAGCAUUGACCCAAAGGCUGGAGAUCUAGGGGACAAUUCUUGAAUGUCACACUCCCACACAGCUGAAGAUAGGGGUAUUUCAAAACCCCACUUUCCCAUAUUGACUCCAAAUUCCCCUGGGAUUUCUGCUGGGAGCUGAGCUGCUCCCCUGGUUUAUCCUUGUCUUCAAAAGCCACCUUUCACAUAGCUGGACACAGACCCCAAAGAGGGCCCUGGGAUGGGGUAGGAUGUAAAGAAAGGAGAUGCUUUGUUCCUGGUGGAUGUCAGCCCUAGCAUGGCCAAAAGAAUUGCAGUAUUCCCAACCACUGCUAUUCUGGAUGAAAAGGCCACAUGGAGACAUCACAGUUCUGCUUUGUGUGAGGCCCAGUUUCUGCACAAAGCCAGCCUCUUCCUUCCCACUCCCACCAAUGCUCCCCAUCUUCCUUCCCUCUGGUUCUCAUGCACUUAGAAAAGUGAACUUUUAGCAUCCACUGGAAACAUGCACUAUUGCAAACACUAAAACCCCCAAAUCCCAUUCUGAUUUCCAAAGGCAAGUGCCAAGGUUUCAGGAUCCCUCAGGAUUUGUCAAUGUCCUCCCAGCACAAAUCUCAAGAGGUGUUCUUUGGACAAUAGAUUUACUUGCUUAGGUAUAUUGAACCCAAAAUAUAAAAAUAAGUCUGUUUCCUGAGCUCACAUUGGCAGGUGAUAGUGGGAAGUGUUUGGAACAAAGGCCAAGGGUCCAUGGAAUAGUUACUGAACAGACGGAGAAUCAAGAGCUGACAUGAUUUGCUCAAUGGAAUCAAGUCUCGCCCCCACUGAACCCACUGUACAUAGCCACCCAAUUUCUGCUCCUUCUCCCUUUAGUUCCUCUUGUAUUGGGACUUUGGGUGUAGCAAGAAUGCAGAUUUCCCUGUACUGCUUCUGUACCUCUGCCCUAGCAACUUGGAAGCUCUGGUUUAGAGCUAGGAGAGGGAGAAGGAGAUGCUGGGCUGACCCCACCUUCCAGGAUAUCUUCCUACAAA